AUGUGAUCCGCUUCCCUGCGCCUUUAAAGCGGCCACAUGCAGCCCAGCGGCGGCCACAAUCUCGGCGCUGCCAGGAGCCAAGGCAAUCUCGGCUGAGCUUCCCACCUCCUCCUCCUCUUUCAACUUUUGCCACCUUCUUCUUCCUCCUCUCGGUCGGGAUCCUUGCUGCCAAAAUGGCUGGGGCCAUCAUCGAGAACAUGAGCACCCGAAAGCUCUGCAUCGUGGGCGCGAUCUUGCUGGUCUUCCAGGUCCUCGCCUUCCUGGUGGGAGGGCUGAUCGCUCCAAGUCCCACUACAGCUGUGCCCUAUGUGGCAAUAAAAUGCAUAGAUGUGCGGAAAAACCACCACAAAAACAAAUGGUUUAUGCCGUGGGGACCUAACCAGUGUGAAAAAAUCAGAGAUUUGGAUGAAGCUAUGAUCCGGCAAAUAGAAGCCAAUGAUAUUGUGUUUUCGGUUCACAUGCCACUUCCCAACAAAGAAAUGAGCCCUUGGUUCCAGUUCAUGCUGUACAUUUUGCAUAUGGAUAUUGCUUUCAAGACUGACAACCAAAUAAAAGAGAAUGCAGAAGUUACACUUGAUGUGUCUUUGGCAUAUCGUGAUGUCAUGGGUGGCCCUUGGGAAGAAAUGGCACGUGCUACAGAGACCCGAAAGCUCAAGUGUACUUUUGGUGCUCCAAAAACUCCAGAGCAUGAAGGCAAGUUUUAUGAUUGUGAUGUACUGCCAUUCAUGGAGAUUGGAACCGUUGCUCAUAAGUAUUAUCUUAUCAACAUUCGUCUCCCUGUGAAUGAGAAGAAAGGCAUCAAUGUGGGAAUUGGUGAAAUAAAAGAUAUCCGUCUAGUGGGCAUCCACCAAAAUGGAGGCUUUACAAAAGUAUGGUUUGCAAUGAAGACCUUUCUUACACCUAGUAUCGUCAUCAUCAUGAUCUGGUACUGGAGACGGAUCACACUGAUGACACGGCCACCUGUACUCCUGGAAAAAGUUAUCUUUGCCCUUGGGAUCUCCAUGACCUUCAUAAAUAUCCCAGUAGAGUGGUUUUCUAUUGGAUUUGACUGGACAUGGAUGUUGCUUUUUGGAGACAUUCGCCAAGGAAUCUUUUAUGCAAUGCUUCUCUCCUUUUGGAUCAUCUUCUGUGGAGAGCAUAUGAUGGAUCAGAAUCAACGAAAUCACUUCUCAGCUUACUGGAAACAAGUUGGCCCAAUAGCUGUAGGAUCUUUCUGCCUCUUUGUCUUUGAUAUGUGUGAGAGGGGGGUACAAUUGAAAAAUCCUUUCUAUAGUAUCUGGGCUACAGAUGUCGGCACAGAACUGGCUAUGGCAUUUAUUAUUGUUGCUGGAAUCUGUCUCUGUCUCUAUUUCUUGUUGCUGUGUUUUAUGGUGUUUCAAGUGUUCAGAAACAUCAGUGGCAAACAGUCCAGUCUCCCAGCGAUGUCCAAAGCCCGAAGGCUUCAUUAUGAGGGGCUCAUUUUUAGAUUCAAAUUCUUGAUGCUGAUCACCUUAGCUUGUGCUGCCAUGACAGUGAUAUUUUUCAUUGUCAGUCAGGUGACUGAAGGCCAUUGGAAGUGGGGUGAAUUCACCGUUCAAGUGAACAGUGCUUUCUUCACUGGAAUUUAUGGGAUGUGGAAUCUUUACGUCUUUGCCCUUAUGUUCCUGUAUGCUCCUUCACACAAAAACUAUGGUGAUGAUCAGUCAAAUGGUGAUCUCAGAGUAAACAGUGGAGAAGAACUUCAGCUUACUACCACUAUCACCCACGUGGAUGGACCCACAGAGGUUUACAAACUGGCUCGUAAGGAGGCCCAGGAGUAACUAAUAAGGCAGGACUCGUUCGGCACAAAACUGCAGGCAUUACACAGAAUUAUGAUUUUAUUUUCUUGCAAGAAUGUGUCUGAAGUCAUCUCAAGUGCCCAUCAUUGAAGGUGCACUUCCACAAAAUGGUAGCAAUCUGGAAAGAGCAGUUGGGAACACUCCUUGCUAAUGGCGUAUCUUUCUUUGGGAAAGGGGCUUGCAUCAGAUCUGGCCUUUUUUGACAACACUCUUACUUUGUCUUGAGAAAAAGAGAGAGAGAGAGAGAGAUGACCCAGUGAAAGGAUAGGUACCCUUUCCUAUGUAUGACCUUUGGAUCCAGCUCUCAUUGUCAUCACACUUUUUGCUCCUGCUGCUAUGAAUAUUCUUGGGAAACAGAUCUGAAUAUUUCACAUGCUUCCCAAGUCAUGGUUUUAUUCCACAGUUCCAGUGCUUAUAUUUAGAGCAGGGUUUUUUGGGUUUUUUUUUCUUGGCACUACACAUAGCCAAUUCACUUAAUAUUUGCAUAUUUCUUUUCUAAUCUAGUGUAGCAAUGCCUUUUGUAAAGUUUUGGUACAAAAAAGGGCAUUUCAGUUUUAAAGUUAAACUCUAUGUCUGUGUGUGUAUGUGUGUGUGUGUGAGAGAGAGAAGGCCCUGAACACUAACAAGUCUUUCUGGUGUAGAUACUCUUUUUAUAUGCCCUACGAAAACCUGUUUACUCGUGUGAUACAUAAUCCAUGGAACUGAAAGGUAUGUCUGUAUGUGUGGUUAAAUAUCUUCUUUUCUUUUUAAAUAAAUGCUCCAACUAGCAUGGGGAAUACUGUAGAUCAUCUCUCUUUUUUAUACUAUGAAUAAAAUACACCAAUAUUG